AUGCAGACCGCGAUGCAGAGGCUGAACGCGGGCAAGCCCCUGGCGGGCGCCCGCAUGGUUGGAAAGAGCAGGCGCAUGCAGGUGGUGCGCGCCGCCAAGGAGCUGCACUUCAACAAGAACAUGGAGGCGCUGAAGAAGAUGCAGGCUGGUGCCGACAAGCUGGCGACUGUGGUUGGCGUUACCCUGGGUCCCAAGGGCCGCAAUGUGGUGCUUGAGUCCAAGUACGGCUCCCCCAAGAUCGUGAACGACGGUGUCACCAUCGCCCGUGAGGUCGAGCUGGAGGACCCCGUCGAGAACAUCGGCGCCAAGCUCGUCCGCCAGGCCGCCGCGCGCACCAACGACACGGCCGGCGACGGCACCACCACCGCCACUAUCAUGUCUGCGGCCUUCAUUAGCGAGGGCAUGAAGAUCGUGGCGGCGGGCACCAACCCCGUCCAGCUGACGCGCGGCAUGGACAAGACCGUGGCCGGCCUGGUGAAAGAGCUGGCCAAGCUGUCCACUGAGGUGGCCUCUGACAAGGACCUCGCCAACGUGGCCUCGGUGUCGGCCGGCGGCAACCCCGAGAUCGGGCAGCUGAUUGCCGACGCUAUGGCCAAGGUCGGGCGCCAGGGCGUGGUGACCAUGGAGGAGUCUAAGACGGCUGAGGACAGCCUCGUGUUCGUGGAGGGCAUGCAGUUUGACCGCGGCUACUACAGCCCCUACUUUGUGACCGACCCCGAGCGCAUGGUGGCGGAGUACGAGAACUGCAAGGUGCUGCUGGUUGACAAGAAGAUCUCCACCGCGCGCGACAUCAUCAGCCAGCUGGAGGCCGCCAUCCGCGGCAACUACCCUCUGCUGCUGAUGGCCGAGGACAUUGAGCAGGAGGCCCUGGCCACCCUGGUGGUCAACAAGCUGAGGGGCACCCUGAAGGUUGUGGCCGUGAAGGCCCCCGGGUUUGGUGAGCGCAAGACGUCCUACCUGGAGGACAUUGCCAUCCUCACCGGCGGCCAGCUGAUCAAGGAGGAGCUGGGCAUCACGCUGGACAAGGCAGGGGAGGAGGUGCUGGGCACGGCGGCUAAGGUCGUCAUCGGCAAGGAGUCGUGCACCAUCGUGGGCGACGGCAGCACCCAGGCGGAGGUGUCCGCGCGCGUGAAGCAGAUCCGCAACCUGGCGGAGGCGACCGAGCAGGACUACGAGCGCGAGAAGCUCAACGAGCGCAUCGCGCGCCUCAGCGGCGGCGUGGCCAUCAUCCAGCUUGUGUGA